AUGGAAGAAUUACUAUCGCAGCAGCGAUUAGCUAUGCGCUCUGUCACACGCGCAUUGGAAAACUUUAAGAAGAUCGGCCGUGCAAAUCACACGUACGGCAUAGUUCGGAAUCGCCUUCAAACUCUCAAGGAGACUUACGCUCGAUGCGAGCUCCUGCACGCACAACUGCUCAAAGUCGCCACCAAGGAACAAAAGGAUACCGAGAAAUACUUCAAAGAGGAUGUCUACAUCGAAUUGGAGGACGCCUACCUCGCAGCAUCGGACUACAUCUCCGACGCUCUCGCCUCUCUCGAAGCAGAUCAAGCGCCAUCAAGUCCAGGGUUAUCCGUCAGUCAAUCACAAAAAUCUAAAAAAACUCUUACAUUACCGCGCAUUAAUUUGCCGAAAUUCUCCGGCGAUUUACGGGAAUGGGAAACGUUUCGCGAUCAAUUCCGCUCCAUGAUUAUCGAUCAUGCCGAGUUGUCGAAUGUUACGCGCUUGCAAUACCUUUAUUCGUGUUUAAAGGACGAAGCACGCGACGCGUUGCGUAAUCUCCCUUUGACCGAAGCUAAUUUUAAAAUCGCGUGGAAUGUACUGCUCGCGCGUUACGAUGAUAAACGUCGAUUAGUGUCGGAACAUAUUCAUACGCUUCAUACGCUACCGGCCGUUAAUACCGAUUCCGCGCAGGAUCUUAUGUCGCUUCGAGAUAAAGCUAAUAUGUCAAUUCAAGCGUUAAAAAAUCUCGGUCGUCCAGUUGAGUGGUGGGACGAUUUGCUCGUCUAUCUAGUCGUGCAAAAAUUAAAUAAAGCCACGCGUAAAGCAUGGGAAUUACAUUUAGGCGAUAAAACGGAAUAUCCGUCGUAUACGGAUCUUCAUAACUUUCUCGCAUCGCGAAUUCGAGCGUUCGAGAAUAUUCCAACGACCAGUACGGUCAAAACAAAACCGAGCAAGUCGUCCGUGCAAAGUCACACGACGACCGCUACCGGAGCUCAUUGUCCGCUUUGUAAACAAGAUCAUCUCUUGUCAGUAUGUCCUGAUUUCAAGAAGAAACAGGUUAACGAGCGUCGCGAUCUUAUUGUCAAAUUUAAACGAUGUCUCAACUGUUUAAGCGCUCGACAUUUCGCGAACACAUGUCCGAGUAAACAUAACUGUCGUCAAUGCCAACAAAGGCAUCAUACGAUGCUUCACGAAGCGACGACAUCAAGCGCGACCGAGAAUUCCCUUGAAUCCAACGAAACGAAUACGUCAAAUGAAAACAACGUCGUUUCACAUUUAAUUACGAAAACAACAUUUGACAAAUCUCGUGUUCUAUUAGCUACCGCGCGGAUUCAGGUGUGUUCUUCGUCUGGUCGCACAGAUGUCAUACGCGCAUUGUUAGAUCAAGGAUCUGUCACUAGUUUAAUUAGUGAAAAUCUCGCUCAACGGCUACGGUUAUCGCGAACACGCGUUGCUGUCUCGGUUACCGGAAUCGGUGAAACGCAAUCCGUCGCACGACAUGCUGCUCUUAUUUCGGUAUCAUCUAAGACCGGCAAGGGUCCGUCAUACUCAACGACCGCAAUUAUUAUGCGCUCUCUGACUAAAUACACGCCGCCUAAAAUAGCAUAUCAAAUCUCUCUCGCUCAUUUAAGCGGCCUGCCAUGGGCUGAUCCGCAGCCCUCAAGUGCCGAUCCGAUCGAAAUGAUCAUCGGCGCUGAUCUAUACGGUGCUGUUCUGUUACCGGGCCUGUGCUCAGGUUCCUCUAAUCAGCCAACAGCUCAGAAUUACAUUUUCGGCUGGAUCAUGUCUGGUCCGAUUUCGACGAGUUCGUCUUCAAACAUGUCUAACGUGACAGUUAAUCAUACCACGUUGCACGACAAUCUCGAUGACGAAAUUCGUCAGUUCUGGGAAGUCGAAGAACUUCCGCAAGUAUCAUACCUCACUCCUGAGGAACAACGUUGUGAGGAACAUUUCCGAACAACUCAUUCUCGUGACUCUAAUGGACGGUACGUCGUACGGCUACCGUUCAAAGCCAAUCCUCCGAUUGCAAUAGGCGAAUCUCGUCACAUCGCCUCAUCACUUCUUUCACGGCUUGAAGGCCGUCUUCAAAAUCAAAGGGAUAUCGCAUCCGAAUAUCGAGAGUUCCUACUGGAAUACGAAAAUCUCGGUCAUAUGAAGAAAGUAGACGAACCCGUCUCUGCUUCACAAUCAGUUUACAUCCCGCAUCAUGCGGUGAUUCGCGAGCAUAGCAGCACCACGCGGUUGCGCGUCGUGUUCAAUGCAUCUCAGUCGACAUCGAACGGCUCUUCACUUAACGAUCAUCUCAUGAUCGGUCCUAAGUUACAAACCGACCUUCGUUCGGUAAUUCUUCGAUGGCGACAACAUCGUUAUGUUUUCACUGCCGAUAUCGCAAAAAUGUAUAGGCAGAUUCGAGUCGAUCCGCGAGAUCAAGAUUAUCAGCGCAUCUUAUGGCGCUCUUCAUCAUCCGAAGCGGUGCAAGACUACCGCUUGCUUACUGUUACUUACGGUAUGGCGUGUGCUCCAUACCUCGCUCUUCGCACGAUUCAGCAAUUGACGCAAGACGAAGGCGCUCAAUUUCCUCUUGCUCAAUCAGUUUUACGCAAUCAAAUCUAUGUAGAUGAUUGCAUCUUCGGCGCGGAUGACAAGCCGCUUGCAAGGCAAAUCCGCAAUCAAUUAAUUUCAUUGUUACAAAAAGGUGGAUUCCUCCUCCGUAAGUGGGCAAGCAACUGCCCUACGUUACUCAACGACCUACCGGUCAAUGAAAAGAGUCUCAGUCAAGGCAAAAUUCUGCAAAGCGACGAAAGUUUCAAAGUCUUAGGCGUCACGUGGCUCCCUGCAACCGAUACAUUUCAAUUCUCAGUCGAAGUUACCACGUCGAUCCCAGAUUCUAAACGGAAAAUUCUGUCUACUAUAGCAAAAUUAUUUGACCCGCUCGGGUGGCUUGCUCCGGUCAUAAUUACUGCAAAAAUUAUCAUGCAACAAUUGUGGGCUACUAAGUGUUCGUGGGAUGAUCCAAUUCCACCCCCUCUCAUGCAAAAAUGGCACAAUUAUCACACGCAGCUAAUUCAACUGCGUAAUAUCUCUUUGCCACGAUGGACUGCCUUCGGUUCCGACACAAGUCACUGUGAGCUUCACGGCUUCGCUGACGCAUCGUCCGUCGCAUACGCCGCUGUCAUAUAUCUUAAAGUGAUCUCGCUCAUGGGAUCAGUUACUGUUUCGCUAUUAAUAGCAAAAUCAAAAGUCGCGCCUCUUAAGCCCUUGACAAUUCCAAGACUCGAACUAUGCGCUGCUGCGCUUUUAGCACGAACAAUGUCGUUUGCCAGAACGACAUUAGAACUUUCGACAAUUCCAUGUCAUUGCUGGACGGAUUCAACCGUCACUCUCGCUUGGCUACGCCAAUCUCCAUCUCGAUGGAAAACGUUUGUCGCGCAUCGCGUGAACGAUGUGCAAACUCUAAUACCUGAUGCCACGUGGCAUCAUGUUCCGACUCAUCAGAAUCCCGCGGAUCUAGCAUCACGCGGAGUUACCGCUUCCUCGUUCGCGGAGAGCUCACUGUGGUGGCAAGGCCCCGAGUGGCUCAAGCUUCCUUCAACGUGCCUCAACUCACGUCCGAUAGCUCCGAUGUCAGAUAAUCUUGAUGAUUAUUCAUGUCUGACACCGGGUCAUUUCUUAAUUGGUAGCGCUCUCACAACGCCGCCAUCUCCUACGCUACUAGAAACAAAAGAAGCGCGUCUGACUCGUUGGCAACUCGUGAAGCAAAAAGGCGAAGUUAUUUGGAAAGCAUGGUCAAAUGAUUAUUUAACCGGAUUACAACAGCGCUCAAAAUGGCGCGUCGCUCAAAAACUCGCUCGAGUCGGACGCUUAGUUCUUUUGCGCGAUCCCCUUGCACCACCGUGCAAAUGGGAACUCGGUCGUAUCAUUGAAUGCCACACCGGAGACGACGGAUUAACGCGCGUCGUCACUGUGAAAACGUCAAAAUCGACGUAUAAACGUUCCAUAGUGAAGCUAUGUUUCUUACCCGUUGAUUUAAACGAAACGUCCACAUGA